GUCCUGUGAGGACCAGUUAGAGGUACGGUGGGCGUGGUUGGCCCCGUAACCAUGGCGACGUCUCUGUGGGAGUUUGUGUCCCUUCAUCCCGUUGGUCUAGUGCUGCUCCUCUGCCUGCCACUCUGUCUAUGCCAGCAGCCAUUGGUCAACUUUGAGAGUCCGUUCCCACCCCUACCGGAGUGUACCAGGAAAGUUCAUCCCAUCGUCCCAUACAAAGCAUUGAGUCCCUGGAUGUCAGGAUUCUCUCGUCCCGGAGUGAAGGACUUUUCCCAGCUGACCCUUGACCUGACCAGAAACCAGCUGAUUGUGGGAGCUAGAAAUCACCUCUUCAGACUGAGUCUCAGUAAUGCUUCUCUCUUACAGGCAGUAGAAUGGGGACCAGAUGAAGACACCAAGCGGUCCUGUCAGAGCAAAGGAAAGACAGAGGAUGAAUGUCAGAACUACAUCCGGGUCCUGCUCAUCACCGGGAGGCGGAUCUUUACCUGUGGAACCAACGCCUUUACCCCCGUCUGCACCACCCGGCAGAUAGGAAACAUCAGUCGGGUGAUGGACACGGUGAACGGGGUGGCGAGAUGCCCCUACGACCCGCGUCACAACUCCACUGCCAUGGUAACAGAGAAGGGCGAACUCUACGCCGCCACUGUCAUCGACUUCUCGGGUCGUGACCCCGUCAUCUACCGUAGCCUUGGUAACAUGCCGCCGCUGCGAACAGCCCAGUACAACUCCAAAUGGCUCAACGACCCUCACUUUAUCUCAGUCUACGAGGUGGGUCUCUUCACCUAUUUCUUCCUGAGAGAGAACGCAGUCGAACACGACUGCGGUCGCACCGUGUUCUCCCGGGUCGCCCGGGUCUGUAAGAACGACGUGGGCGGUCGCUUCCUAUUGGAGGACACUUGGACUACGUUCAUGAAGGCGCGGUUGAACUGCUCGCGGUCAGGAGAGAUCCCCUUCUACUAUAACGAGCUGCAGAGCACCUUCUAUCUGCCCGAACAGGACCUCAUCUACGGCAUCUUCACCACCAACGUGUGA